AGAAAAAAAGUACGCUCAGUUUAGUCCAUCCACCGUGCUAAUCAAAAAAAUAUUUUGAGGAAAAUAUGGAAGCCAUGCCAGAAAUAGAAUGGAAUGGUUUUAACACAGGAAUGUACUGUAGCGAAGAAGAGGACUUCAUGGCACAGUUGCUCGGAAACUGUUCGCUUCCCAAUGAGUUACCGGGGAUUUCAAGCUUUGGAGUCCCCUCUGAAUCGGCUAUGAACUUUUCUGUAACAUAUUCUUCAUCAGAUAAUAGCAUUAAUCCUAAUGUAUACUCUUUCUCACAAGAGAGUAGUUAUAACUACCGGUACCAGGAGCUGAGCGAUCAUUCUCAUCGGUUUUUGGCGAUGAACGAUAGUUCUAUGUCGAUUGACACCGGCUCCCCUGUUGAGGUCUAUACUGAUAAUUUGAUGGAAGGGGAUGAUGAGAUCAUAAGGGAACCCGAGAUGGCAGCAGUACCGGAAACAUCUUCAGAGGAGAAAAGUGACAGCCUGCAGCCAGAGAAUUCUUCCAAGAAAAGAUCGCGGGUUUCAGGAGAUGUACAGAGAAAGAGAAAUGUGAAGUCAAGGAAGAACCAGAAGGUUGUGUCGGGUAACAACAACAAUGAAGACAACAACAACAAUGGUGGGGGGAUAAACAAUCAGGCUUCAAGUAGCUGCAGCUCAGAGGAUGCUCAGUACUCCAAUGGCUCUCAGGAGCAGCAGAAUGGAGGAAUGACUACAAGUUCAAGCUCCAAAGGGGCUGCUGCAACUCUCAACUUGAAUGGCAAGUCAAGAGCCAGUAGAGGGUCUGCCACUGAUCCCCAGAGCCUCUAUGCCAGGAAAAGAAGAGAGAGAAUAAAUGAGAGGUUGAAAAUCUUACAGAACCUUGUCCCCAAUGGAACAAAGGUUGAUAUUAGCACAAUGCUUGAAGAAGCUGUCCAGUAUGUGAAGUUUUUGCAACUCCAAAUCAAGCUUUUAAGCUCUGAUGAUCUAUGGAUGUAUGCUCCUAUUGCUUACAAUGGAAUGGACAAUGGGCUUGAUCUGAAGAUCCCAAGCCCAAGAUGAUAUGGUCUUUGGAGACCAAGAUCUAUCUGGUGUUGCUGCUGAGAUAAUAUAUGAAAGUCAUUAAUUGCCAUCUUUGUUAUGGCUUUAUUUUGUUUAAUAAGUAAUUAUUUCUAUAUUAUCCACGAGGACUAAAUGUCAUUAAUAAUUGAUUAAACUCCAAUAACAUGGGUUGAGCACAACAUAACUCUUGUACAAACACUGACUUGAACCAAUGGCAUUGUAACAAUACAAUC